AUGGAGUUCUCAAACGAUGGAGAUUCGAUUUACCACCGAAACAUUGCGAUUUAUGUUAGACGAACGAACGGUGAACUCAUCCGCUGUCUUGGGAAAAAUCAUCAAUGGGUCAACACUUCCUGGCCGACUAUCCGAUCCACGGUACUGAUGGCGAAGUCGAAUCACGUACGCUAUUUCGAGAAGCACGGCCUGUCUCGCUUCCGAUUGAGCAACACCGCGCUUGAGACCGAAACUAUUGACAUCUAUGAGACGAAAAGCCAUAAGGAAAACGAGGUCACUGGGCUGAUACUGAGAGCGACCGAGCCAGAGCGGAUGAGUGCAUCGCGCUUUGAAGAAUUCUUCUCCAUGAUUAUUUUGACUCAGACGCAGAUUGACAUCACGAUGCCAAUAGCGGAGCUGCCGUCCGAGGGCGAUUCGACGGUUCAAUCUAUCGUCGAUCUCUUCGAUGAACUCCUGCGGUACAAAGUACCGAAUGAUCUGUGGAACGAUCAAGGACGAGAAUACUUCGCGUCCAAAGUGCGGUUCUUUACCUCGCGCAAUCUUCGGCUAGAAAUGUGCCUUCCAGCGUUCCCAUGCAAGUCAUCAAACCCAGAAAAGGUGGCGGGCCGUCUUCCAGAUAAAGGGGAAGAGAUAGCUUUAAGGCGAUUGCAUGGCUUUGUUCGACAAAUUGAAAAUAUAUACACGCCAGGGGCACGAGUCUGGAUCAUCAGUGACGGUCAUGUUUUUAGUGAUUGCAGUGAGUCAAUAUCAUACUUCCGUGCCAUCGAAUCAUCCGCGGGAGAGCAAAAGGAGCGCGUUUGCUUUCGAUCACUGAUCGAUAUCUUCAACCUCAAAACCACCGAUGAAAUCGAGGAGUACCCGGACAUGCCGAAUUUGGAGCACCAUAUCGCAACUGAGUUGAAAAACGACGCAGAAACUUGCCGCCGCAUCCUCAUGGCGGGCUGUGAGCCUAGCCAAACCGGGCUCAGAGCACGGAUCGAAUCUCAAGAAUCGUCGAUCUUGGCCUUGUACCGGGGGUUCUCACGGUUCAUGCUUGAGGAUCUGGAUUUGCACCCGCUCACGCAAUCCCUCUCCCGCUCGCAGCGGAAAAAGCUUGCCACAAAAGUCUCGUUUGAGAUGAUUCUGCGAAACCAAGCCUAUUCGAACCUGGUUGAGUUGAUGUUCCCCGACCACAUUCGGCUCUCUAUCCAUGCACACAACAACUCGGGUCCCAAAUUCGGGAUCCGACUGUUUGACACCGCGACAGCGCGAGCAACGCAUAGCCUGAGCGCAGCUGACGGUGAAUUGUUGUCCCACGACCUACUACACAUUCCCACGCCAUGGCACAACUGCGUUGCCAGCUGUGCCGGGGAAUCAAUGAUACAUAUCGUAAAGUCUGGCGUCAUCAGGGAAGCCUUAUCCACCCCAGACUAUACCGGCAGCUGGGUCGAGGGCAACCUGUUGGAAGGUCAAGGGGGAUACUUCUCCCUGCAAAAGCGAGCAGUUUCUCGAGGGCUAACCAUGAAGGACGGGGCUGACCAUGCGGCUGUCAGCCGGGAUACCAUUCAUGCAGUCCAUGUGAAAGACAAGGUAGAAAGCCAGACGGUCCUGUCAGUGGUCUCCAGGAUCCCAUGGACCCUCUACGACCUCUCCAUCGGCUGGUUGAUGUCGGUUGUGAGCGUGCGCUGGAGGGCGUGGAUGAAGCGACGUCGAGGCGCGGCUUAG